AUGGAUUAUACUGAAAUUAUUGACAAUGCUAAGCGAUUUGUUGGUGACGACAAGAAGACAACAACAGUACAUGAUGAUUUGCUCGUUGAUCGUUUGCAUAAUCGAUAUACAGUCGCGAUUUUAAUUUGUUUUUGCAUUGCAAUAUCAACAUAUGAUUAUCUUGGUGAUCCAUUACAAUGUUGGGUACCCGCUCAAUUCACUGAUAAUUACGAAGAUUACACUAAUCGUUUAUGUUACAUACAAAACACAUAUCAUGUAUCGAAAAAUGAAUUCAUUCCGCGAGAUAUGAACUUACGUCAUGAACGAACGUUGAAAUAUUAUCAGUGGAUGCAUUUCGUUCUUCUCUUGCAAGCUUUAUUUUUCAGUCUACCAAGAUUUCUCUGGCAAUCAUUUAAUGACAAAUUUGGUCUAUCGAUCGGAGUUCUAGUGGAUGCAUCGAGUCAAUCCGAAAUGUUUGAUACUGAUAAAGAACGAGAUGCUGUCAUACAAUACGUAUCGGAUUGUUUGCAGCGCUAUGAAGAAUAUAUUAAUCCUUUGAAGUACAACAGACCAUCGUUUUUCGAACGUUUACGUCGUCAAUGUCGUUUGGUUUGUCAAGCACGUACAGGUGCAUCCUUGACCUGUUUCUAUAUAUUUAUCAAAUUACUUUAUAUAAUCAAUUUAUUCUUUCAACUAUCGUUUCUUCAAUAUUUUCUUAGUUACUAUGAUGUCAGCUAUUUUCAAUACGGAUUCUAUGUCUUUCGUCAAUUGAUCUCCGGAUUACCAUUACCGGAAAGUCGAUUAUUUCCACGAAUAACUCUAUGCGACUUCCGCAUACGGGAAUUAGGCGAACAACAUCUGUACACAGUUGAAUGUAUAUUAGUCAUUAAUAUCUUUUUGGAAAAGAUAUACAUCAUCUUGUGGGUUUGGUUCACUUUCCUAUUAUUGAUAACUGCGAUUGAUCUAAUUCGUUUUCUCUAUCGAAUGUUUGUUCAUGAUUCACGGGACUCGUUUAUUCGAGAAAAUUUAGAAUUAAUGAUUAAAAACAAUGCAAAUGACGAUCGAUACAUUGCGAAUUUUCUCAAGUAUUUUCCCAUUGAUAAUCUGUUUAUCUUACGAAUCAUGGCGUCCAAUUCAAAUUCGUUGAUCACAGCGGAAGUUCUUCAUGAAUUGUUUCGACGAAAGUUUUAUCGAGAUUCGGACGUUUAA